AAAUAGUGACUGCGACCAGUGCGCUUGCGGUGCGAAUAUAAAUAUGGGCACAACCGAAAAGUUAAAUGUCGUUUAUAAAUGGGAAGACUGCGUUGCCAAAACGACUCCACGAACGCAAACGAGUUAAUAUGCAUCGCGGCGCGACGACAGUUAUCGGACGAACAGCUGACUGCCGGCGAUCGGCCACUGUCGUGAUCCUGCGACGCAAACCCGGCCGAGCCGCAGCUAAGGCGCCGCGCCGCCUCUUCGCUAUUGCGCAUGAUACUGCGGCUCUCAAGGCUACCCCAUCCUCAACUGAUCUUGAAUCAGAACAGCCCCAGAGCCGGGGACCACGCCCCCGAUUCUCACCUGCCGGCCAAUGGGCGUGUAGCGGAGGCGGACCCAGCCGCUAAAUACUCAUGCAUGGUUUUAGUGGGAUUUGCCAACAGCUGCGCGGCCGCUUUCGGGACGUUCCGGUGCAAGUGCUCGGCUACGAAGAGAGCGUACGGAUAGGAGGGGAUGGUGACAGGGCACGAGUGAAAGGGUGCCGCCGGGAUCCAUGGCCGAAGAGGUUCGGCAAUGAAAUAUCUGCCGAACGGGACACUUUAAGAUAUGAAGAGGUUUCUUGCGGGUUGGCAAUAGUACUAUGAUUUGGUAUGUGGUCGUUUUGAUAGCGUGUGUAUUCAGCGCCGAAGGAUCGUCUAAACAAGGUCCCCGCAUAGCAAGAGAGGAGCCCCGGUUUGUGACAGUGCGUGCUGGUGAGACCGUGGUGCUGGGAUGUGACGUGUCCUGGCCCCUGAGCGGCCCGCAGCCUGCCUAUGUGGUGGAGUGGUUCCGGUCCAGCGUGCCUAUGCCCUUCUUCAUCAGUUUCCGCUUCUACCCGCCGCAUGUGGACCCAGAGUAUGCUGGUAGAGUCACACUCCAGGGGAAGGCCUCGCUGCGGAUCGAGCAGGUGCGCUCUGCAGACCAGGGCUGGUACGAGUGCAGGGUCCUGGUGCUGGAGCAGCAGACCGACCCAUUCCAAAAUGGCAGUUGGGUACACCUCACUGUCAAAGCCCCGCCCACUUUCACAGGUACACCCCCACAGUAUGUGGAGGCCAGGGAAGGUGGCAGCGUGACCCUGAGCUGUGCCGCUGUGGGGAAUCCCAAGCCCGUGGUGAGCUGGCAAAGGGAGGGCAAGCGGCUUGGAGACAGUGAUAAGUACCAGGUGACUGACGGGCAGCUGACGGUCGUGUCGCUCCUGCGGGAGGACGGCGGUGUCUAUGCUUGCCACGCCCACAGCCCUCAGGGGGAGGCCAUUCACUCCACCCACCUCCUCAUUCAAGGGUCACCAUUUAUUGUUACACCACCCAAGAACAUAACUGUAAACAUAUCUCAAAACGCAUUCUUCACCUGCCAAGCAGAGGCAUACCCUGCAAACCUGACCUACACCUGGUUUUGGGAGGAGGACAACGUCUACUUCAAGAACGACCUGAAGCUGCGGGUGCGAAUCCUGAUCGACGGGACCCUCAUCAUCUUUCGAGUGAAGCCGGAAGAUGCCGGAAAAUACACCUGCACCCCCAGCAACAGCUUAGGCCUGUCGCCCACGGCUUCAGCACACCUCGUCGUCCAGUAUCCGGCCCGAGUGAUUAACAUGCCCACUGUAAUCUACGUCCCGAAGAAGAUGACGGGUUACAUCCGCUGUCCCACAGAUGCCAGUCCUCCGGUGACAUGGGUUAAGUGGGAAAAGAACGGCUUUCCACUGAGGAUAGAGAAGCACCCAGGAUGGAGUUUGACGGAGGACGGAAGCAUCCGUGUCACGGAGGUGACAGAGGAAUCAGUGGGCACCUACACCUGCAUGCCUUACAACAUCCUGGGUACCACCGGAAGGUCACUCCCCGCUAAACUGGUGCUAAAGGAUCCGCCGUACUUCAGUGUGAGGCCCGGACCAGAGUACAGGCAGGAUGCUGGGAAGCAACUGCUCAUCCCCUGCGCUGCUUCUGGGGACCCAGAGGUUCCAACAAUCACGUGGAGAAAGGUAGGAAAGCCAAGUGUGAGCAAACACAGCGUCCUGCCCAACGGCAGCCUGCAGUUCCACUCCGUCAGCAAGGACGACCACGGCGAGUGGGAGUGCGUGGCCACCAACGUCGUCACCAGCAUCACGGCCAGCACGCACCUCUUGGUGGCUGGCACGAGUCCGCACUCCCCAGUCAACCUCCGUGUUUCUCCCGCCAUGACCUCAGCCAAUGUGUCCUGGGAGCCGGGCUAUGACGGUGGAUUCGAGCAGACAUUCUCAGUCUGGUACGGCCCUGUGGUGAAGAAGACACGGCUGGGGCCACACGACUGGCAGUCCACGCCGGCUGGGGCCCACACCUCGCUGCUCAUUCAGGGUUUGGAGCCCCACAUGUCCUACCAGUUCAGUGUGCUGGCCCUAAACAAGCUGGGCACAGGUCCCUUCAGCGAGGUUGUCACCGCCACCACGCUGGCCUUCCCUAAGACUACUCCGGAACCAUUGGUGCUACUGACUCCACCCAGGUGCCUAAUAGCCAAUCGGACGCAGCAAGGAAUUCUGCUGGCCUGGCUCCCUCCGGCCAAUCACACGUCACCGAUCGAGCGCUACAUCAUGGAGCUCCGCCUCGGAGAUCGGUGGGAAGUCCUGGACGAAGCGAUCCCGGCCGGGGUGACAGAGCUGCUGGCGAGAGACCUAGUCCAGGAGACGUGGUACGAGUUCCGAGUCAUGGCCGUCAUGGACGACCUCAUCAGUGAAAGCAGUAAUGUAGUGGGAGUUUCAAGUACAGAAAUAGCCUUACCUCCAGAGGUAGCUGAGGAGGGACUUGCUCGCCCCGUAGUGGCAGGUGUGGUGGCCACACUCUGCUUCCUGGCUGCCGCGGUUCUCUUCAGCACCCUGGCGGCCUACUUUGUCAACAAACAGCGGCGGCAGAAGCUGAAACGCAAGCCAGAUCCCCCCCUGUCUAUUACACACUGCAGAAAGAGCGUGGAAGCUGCCUCUUCCUCGGGGAAAGCGAGUCCUGAAAGCCCGCGGUCUGUGGGCCCCCCGGCCGCCAAAGAAGGCCCCGCGGAGCGGGAGGUGAGCAAGCCGGCCACGGCGGCCAAGCCUGAGCCCGCCCUACCCAUCGAGCUGAUCAGCCGCGGGCCGGACGGCCGCUUCGUCAUGGAGCCGCCCUUCCAACCGGGACGCAUCCAGGGCUUCCCCUUCGUGGAGGAGUCGGACCAGUACCCAGAGUUCCGCCAGUCGGAUGAGGAGAACGAUGACCCGCCCCCCAUGCCCUCCGCGGUGACCAUGCUCAGGCUCUCGCCCGUGUCAUCCAGCCAGGAGUCCUACGGGCAGCCCCCCGCCUACAGCCCCCACCCCCAAAGCCCCAUGACCGGCGUGAGUCUCAUUGAGAGCCCAGCGCAGAAUGGAGGAGGUCUCCAGCCCAUCACCCUGCCCCAAGGCCCGUACCGCGCGUACACAAGCAGGCCUGGUGCCCUGGAGCUGCCGUCAACCUUCUACAUGCCCGAGAGCAGCCCGGGAAGUUCUGCCAUGUCUUCACCUCCCCUGCUGCACGAGGCACGUUACAUCCAGGCCGGCCUUUUAGAGGAGAGCUUCGUGAGUGAGAUCCAGCCCUUCGGUCCCCGCAGCAGUCCCCUCCUCCCUUUUGCUCCUCUCUCGGGACCCCAGUUGUUCUUCCCCCCUCACCCACAUUUCCGCCUGUGUCCGGACCUCCCGGAACCGUCGCUGCCUGUACCCCACAUCGCUCCACCGGAACAUCUGCAGCCCUCCUUCUUCCAGGUGCCUUCAUUCCCAGGGCCCAUGCUGCUGGAGCCCCCUGUCGGCCCCCAGGCCCAGGCCCCCAGCAGGGCACUGCGUUCGAUUGCUCAAGAGGCCCAGCUGCCGGGUCAGCUGAGACACACCAGUAACGGAAUGGGUGUGCUGGUUCUGCCUUCUCCUGCCCCGCAGCUGGCCGUUGACCUCCCCUGGUGGCCUCCCCGGCCUCAGCUCAGCCCCAGGGUGAUGCGGCGUGCUGACGUGACCCUGGGUCAGGUGCUCUUACGGCCCUCGUGCCUCUCACCGCUCACUCAGAGCCCCUCCAAGUCCCACCAAGGCCCCCCGGAGAGUUUUGUCCGCCCUCGACCCCGGCCAGCCCUAACCCUUCUUCCCAUAAGGCCCGAGCUGGGGGCGGUAGCUUUGCCCCCUCCCACAAGUGAAUCUCCCACUCCCCCACGAGCCACCCCAACUUGCCAAGCCUCUAUGGUGUUAGGAACAAGCUGCCCACCCCAAUCCCCAUCCCUUCCAAAAGAUGGCAGCGAGACAUUUGAACAGAUGGCGUCCCAGAGAAGGACAGAUGAAGAAGGCCAGUCAUCAAAAUAAUCUCACCUUCUGCAUUCAGAUUCAGGGUAGGAAGUCAUCGCUUUCAGCUUCAAGAUAGGCAAUACUUCUCUGUCAGCCAAUAUAUGCAAACAGUCCUCUUUUCUGUAGUAUAUCAACUGAUCUCAUCAACCAUUAUGGAAUAAACCCUCACAUAGAAUGUUGGCUGCUAGGUCCAAUUUCUCUCUACAGCCACAAGGGGGCGACAACCUAUUUCUAGUGCUCUUUGUUUCCAUGCCUGGUGUGACCUUCUGUCAGUGAGCUGUCGAGCUGCCCUUUGUGGACUGGAAGACGGAUUCAGUCAGGCACAUGCCCCAAAACUGGCCACUUACUUGAACAUACUCCCUCACCUCCAUUUAAAUUGUGAAGAUAUACAGAUUUUUCUUUCUUUUUUUAAACCACAAUGUAAGACACCCUGUAGAACAGGAGCAUUCAUUUUGAGGUAAACCCCUUUUUAUAAUAUGUUCUUAAUCACAUGACCAGUUCAGUUUGGUCACAUGACCAAACCUUUCAUGUGUUACGGAUACAUGUGCUGUGUUCAUCACUGUCUGUUCUGAUGGUUAUGAUUUUCUUCAUUUCUGUGUCACCUAGAAAACACCAUGUGCAUCACAGGUGGGCUUGCAGGUACAGGACAAUUAAGAUCCUUCCUGUUUAUUUGCUUGAUUCUGUCCGAUAAUAAUGUGCGUGACGUAGCGCUGACUUAUGUCCUCCAGGCUUUUUCACUACUCAUACCCAGGAGCUCUAGGCUUCUCAGGUCCUCCAACCUGCUAGACAGAGAAGGCCAGCCCUGCAGAGCCCAUUGAUCUGCUUCCCAUUCCUGCUCUGCCGACACCAGACCUGCGAGCAGACGUCCGCCAAGGACACCUAUUCAACACGAUUGCCUCCUCUGGUACCACCGAAUAAAUGUGGCUGCUUCCCCUCAGACUGGCCAACAAACUUUGUUCUUGACUAAAAAUUGCUCCAUUUUUCCCCUUGUGUUUUCCCUCAACAUGACCAACUUGCCCGUUUCAUCCAACAUGAAUGUCUCCUUUAAUACCGCCCAACCGUCAUGAAAUCCUCCUGGCUCCCAACAAACAUAAUGAUUCCCCCCCCCCUCCCUGUGUAAAGUCUUACUCAAAUCAGAGUCUACGCUGCUUUGCUCCCUAUAUUGUCAACUGGAUUCUGUCCUACCUCACAGUGCCAAAGAGUCAUACAGUUAUAAGUCACAGAAUCACGUUAUCUCAAAUAUGCUUCCUCGCAUAAAAUUAACUGAAACAGAAGAACACUUUAGCUGUUAUUCGAAUUCUUGUGAAUGAUAAAUAGGACGUCCCUAAAUGUCCUGUUGAAUGAUUUCACAUUAUGCCUAAAUCCAUGCCAAGAGCUUGACACCAUGAAAGGAGUGUGAUUAAUUAUUGCACCUGAGAACAAAAAAUAUUUAUGAUAAUCAGCCGGACCAGUGGCUUCUUGUUCCUGACACUAAAGGCAUGAUGUGGAUGGAGUGGUUUGUUUAGGGGGAUGUCAAAGCACAACACAACACAUAACACAACACAUCAUGCUUUAGUAGUAACUUCUCCUUGUUCUGGGUGGCAAACCGAUGUGGUAUCUUAGCUACUAUAUCACAAAGUAACUAUACUCAUGUUCAUGCUGACAGACAACUGCGUUUCUUACUGUUAACUUUGUACAAAAUUAGUACUAUCUGUCUUGCUUAUUUGUGAUUGGAAGUUCUUCUCUUUAGAUGCGUUGGAAUAACUCGUUGUGUGCUGGACCCGUAGAACAUGGGAACGAUGGUCACUGCACUGGAUGUGGAUCUCGUGUAUAGUUUACAGGCUGAGGAACAUUGCAAUAGGAAUGCCAGAGAUCUUCCAUUCUAUAAUAUCACAGCUGGUCAAGAAUACUCCCUAUUGUAGGGCCCUGUUGCUGUGAGUCCACUACUGGUUCACAGGCUUUUUGCUUUCCUUCGAUGGAAAAUCUAGAGGCACCUUUUAGAAUUUACUUGUAUCACUUUUCCACUUCUUUCGAUGCGUUCAUUUUAAUUAAAUUGCAGCAUAAGCGAUGUUUCCCUGGAGAAAGAACUUCAUCGGGAUUCAAGCUUUGCGCAGGUGCUCCGAACAAUUGUACACUUGGAAACUCGCAGUGUUUAGAGGUAAAUUUUUCCAUAUCCGGAGGUUUUAUUUUGUACUUAAUGCUUUUGUUAUUGUAUUAUCGUUUCUUUUGAAUGAGUCGCAGACCAUUAAAUGAUGCUUCCUGGGGGUCAACUACCCUCCCCUCCCCAACACUGACACAAUUGUUACAGAUGAAAAAGUUUAAUAGAUACGACUGAUUGUUUGUUUGUUCGACCUGACAAAACUUAUUGAACUUGGAUGGCAUUUUCUUGGCUGAAGUGGUGCUGUGGACAGAACUUGGUGCUAUGUCUUUUUAAGCCUCCCGUGGUGCUCUAUCUGAAUGGAAAAUGGACCGGCAGAACGACGCCGAACAGAGAGAGGAGGUGCUGCCACUGUCCUGCUGGUGACAAGCUUCGUACAGUGAUACAGUGACAAUACAGAAAUCGAAUUGACGAAAUCAAAAUUGGAUGACCGAAUGUAUUCCUGUACUUUGAUUUUGAAACACUGUACGCUCUUUUGUGUGACACUUGUGCUGCUUCUUCCUCUUUUGGAAAUCAGGACAAUCCACAAAUGGGUUUUCUUUCAAUCACUUGUGUUUUUUUUGCGUUUUGUUUGUAGUUUUUUCAGUUACUCCAGAUUUUCUGCUGUUGGUCCCUGUCAGUCAGAAUUCAAAUUAGAAGUGUAGUAAGAAAAGUAUAUCAACACUCAUGCUACCACUGAAAGUAAAUGCACUGUUGUGUGCGCUUUAAACAGCAUGUUUUCAUUAUGCUUAUCUUAAGUAUUAUUUUAAUGUUUUCUGUGAUGGCGCUAAUGUAUUAUCGAUAAACUUAUGAAAUAUUCAUAUUAAAUGCCAUGUCCCAUGUGUUACUGUACAUUUUUAAUUUGGAAAACAAAGUAGGCCUAGUUCUGUUCCAUUCAUUUUGUAUUCAGGUUUCGUCCUUGCUUAAAAGUGUAUGCUUUUAUGUGCAAUAUAAAACUCACGGAUUACGCAAAAUUUAGAUGAAAUGCUAAAUAGCUGUGUUUCUAUUUUCGCUCGCUUUCACGUCGGCGCUGAUCAGCACUUCUGCUCCUCAUCAGUUUUAACUCAGUCCAGCACUGUUGUUUCCAGCCGUUUUCCUGUUUGGACGCUGAUCAGAACCAUUGCUUUUAUUUUCUCUCGAUGUAGCGCCAUUUGCACCCUUGUGUUUUCACCCAUUUUCACUCGUUUCAGUGCUGAUCAGCACUGUUGUUCUUUGCCAGUUUUCCACCUACUUCAGCCCUGUUCAUGAAGACGUCAUUAAACACCCUGGAUCCAACUGGUAUUUUUUCAGAUUAUAAUAGACAAAGAGGCUUAUUGUGGAGAUUGUGGAUGUUUCCGUAGCAGUAAUUCUGACAUACAGAUGUUUGUAUUUUCAUAUAAUAAAAACCAUAAAAAUA